AUGCGUUCCACCACUCUCCUUUUCUCUCUUCUUUCCUUUCUCCUGGCCGUCCUUCCGGUGGCCGCGCAGGAAUGCAGCGCUACUAAAAAGUGCGCAACUGGCUGCUGCUCCAAGUUCGGCUUCUGCGGCACCGACAAGGAGCACUGCGGCGACGGCUGCCUGAGCACCUGCGACUUCAAGCUGGGGUGCGACGCGGACAACCCGUGUGCUGACGGGACAUGCUGCUCCAAGUUUGGCUUCUGCGGCUUCGGCAAGGACUUCUGCUCGCCCGAGAACUGCGUCGCCGGCUGCGAUGCCAAGUCGCAGUGCGAUCCGGGCACCUUCGGGGCCGACUACGUCGAGCUCAAGAAGUGCCCCCUCAACGUCUGCUGUUCCAAAUGGGGGUACUGCGGCGCCACGGCGGAGUUCUGCGGCGACAAGAAGGUCAACCGGCCAUCGUGUGCCGUCGACAGCUCCAAGUCGGUCAAGCGCGUCGUCGGUUACUACGAGGGAUGGGCCGCUCGCCGCAGCUGCCAGGCCUACAUGCCCGAAGACGUGCCUCUGGGCGUGUACACGCAUCUCAACUUCGCCUUUGCCAGCAUUGACCCCAACUCGUAUAAGAUUGUGCCUGCUCAGGCAGAGGAUAUCGCACUUUACUCACGCCUCACUGCCUUGAAGAAGUCAGACUCGGCACUGAAGGUGUUCAUCGCCAUCGGCGGGUGGACUUUCAAUGAUCCUGGUCCAACCUUUAGCACCUUUUCUCAGCUGGCGGCCGACGAGUCCAAGCAAAAGGUCUUCUUCGCGUCGCUCAUCAGCUUCAUGAACACAUACAACUUUGACGGUGUCGAUAUCGACUGGGAGUACCCCGUCGACAAGGACCGCGGCGGUAGCGAUGUCGACUUUGCCAACUUCCCCAAGUUCAUGAAGAACCUCAAAGCGGCUCUGGACGCCGGCAGCGGCGGACGCAACGGCAUCUCCAUCACGCUCCCAGUGUCCUUCUGGUAUCUCCAGAACUUUGACAUUGCUGAGCUCGAGAAGUGGGUUGACUUCUUCAACGUCAUGUCGUACGACUUACACGGCCUCUGGGACAAGGGAAACAAGUGGCUGGGCGCGUUCCUCAACUCGCACACCAACAUGACCGAGAUCACCGAGUAUCUGGAUCUCUUCUGGCGCAACGACAUCAAGCCGGAAAAGGUGACGCUGGGUUUGGCCUUCUACUCACGCACCUUCUUGGCUGCUGACAAGGGUUGCACUAAGGCAAAGUGCAUGUUCGACUCGGUGGGAGAGGCUGGGCCGUGCAGCAAAGACGACAUCGGCGGCACGCUGACCAACGCUGAGCUGACGGACCAGAUACGCAAGGCCGGCGUGACGACUACACUCGACAAAGACGCCAUGGUCAAGGUGGCUGUCAUCGGGCGCAAGUGGAUCACGUACGACGACGAGGACACGUUCAAGCUGAAGGUCGACGCUGCACGCAAGAUGUGCCUCGGCGGCGUCAUGGUCUGGGCUGUUAGCCAGGACUACACAGACAAGACUGCCCAGGUGGCCUUCGCCGUCGGGAAGAAGCGCGCCGACUCAGGUCUCUUCAACUCGCGGUACUCGGCACAGCUGCAGUCGGCCACCCGGUACAAGUCGCUGAAGGCAAAGACGGUCACGCACGACACUGAAGAUAUUGACCAGCCGUCACCGAGCAUCAUCCGUAAUCAGUGUUUCUGGUCCAACUGCGGCGCCGGGUGCGGCAGGGGCUACACGACGGUGCCGCGGCUCGACACGGACAGCCACAAGAACGAGGUUAUGCAAGACAGCUCGUACUGCCAGGGCGGUACACUGCGUCACUUCUGUUGUCCAGAGUCCAAGACCAUCCCAAAAUGUGGCUGGUUUGAUUUCUUCAACGGCAAAUGUGGCAAACGCGGCGGCUGUCCCGCGGGCAGCGAGAAGAUUGUAGCUCCCUCAGAUCAGCAGCGAGAGGUUGGAUCAACCCAGGUGGCAUGCAACAAUGGCAAGGCGCAGGUGGCCUGUUGCCAAACCGAGACUGACUCGGGCAAGGCGCUCGACUCCAUGAUGGGCUACGACAUCUGCAAAUGGUAUGGCAUCACCAACGACCAGUGCGAUUCCACGGGCGCAGUGGACAAUGACCCCAACGUCGCACGCAGCGAGGCAUGCAAGCUCAAGGACAGUUCCAGACCUUACGGGAUGAUUGAGAGCUACUGGGGCAGCGGUGCUACUUAUUGCCGCAAUCCCAAGUACAAGGGCCAAGACAUGUUCCGUCCGCUCUGCUGCAAGAUCUCCGACAGCGACAUGCAGUGGCGCAGCUGCUCUAUGGUGUUCGCCACCCGCAAGGACGGUAAUUUUUGUGAAGCUACCUGCCCUGAUGGGACCAUUCGUCUGGCCAUGGAGAAGCCUCAGGUAUACGAGAACUGCAAAGGCGGCGCCAAUGCCGUUUGCUGCGAGCCGCGCUUCUUGACCGAGGCCAACAACGCCGACGAAGUCCACCACGGCUACGUUCUUGCCCUCGAGAACGUGCUCCAGAACCCGGACAAGUGCAAGUGGGGUGAUCAUGAUAAGGACUCGCUUGACAAGAAGCGUGCCAUCAUCGACUACGACGCCGACUGUAAGGUCGCCCUGUUGGGCACGAUGAACAUGCUGGGGUCCCCAGAUAUUGGCAUCCAACAGAAAUACGUCAAUGACUGGAAUCUCGCCGUCAACCAAGCCGGGAUGUACGGCAUCCCAGCUUCUGCGAUACAGUCACAGCCGGAGGGCUACGCCUUCAGCACCGCCCCGUCGGGACCCUUGCAGACAGACAUCGCAGAGGGCCUUCUCAACUCGGCCAAGAAUCUCAACGAGCAAAAGUCAAAACCCACAAAACGCCAAUGGCACUGCCCUGUUCAAUGGAUUUGGGAUGCUAAUCUCGAUAUCCGCGUCGACCCGGACGAUGGCGGCUGGGAGUCGAUCGAGCCAGAUGUUCAAGGUGUGCACAUCCAGCUUCGUCGUCGUGAGUAUCUUGAUGCCGAUAUCCCUCUUUUGAACGUCCAACAGGAGGAGGACGACGAAAGUGCAGACGAAGUGCCAUUUGACAGUCCUUCGGACUCCAACGAGUCCAACCCCAGGAGUGUAGACUGGCUGGGUGCUCUCAACAACCUCCGCCGAUUCCAUCUGACGGAGAAGGACAACACAACAGAUACAUCCAACAAGACCUUUGCCCAAAGGCUUGAUGCUGCUAGUUGUGAGCAGAGCUUCCGGUGCCGUGCCAAGAUGCUAGGCUUCGAUCUCUCCAAAAGGGAUGACAGGCUUUCUUAUUUGAACCUUACCGGUACCGAAACUGGCGAUGGGCCUAAACGCUACGAGGAGGCGCUUGAACGCCGGAACCGGUGGAAAAACGGAACGUUGGACAAACGACAAUCGUACCAGAUGGGCCAGCCGAGAGUGUACACGGUCAGAUCGUCGGUGCACAAUGACUGGACCAAUGACAACAUCGAGUCAUCGCAGUACCCCAAUGGCAACCAGGGCGACGACCUCAUCUUCCUCAACAGCGACAGUUCCAGGUACGUCGUCAAGUCUACCGGUUGCGGGCCUCAGGACUACGAGCUCAAGACGCGCGCGGCCAAGAUCGAGGUCAACGGUAUCUGGGUUACAGAGCACAUCUUGGAGCUUAACAGCAUCGGCCGCUUCAUGACGGCCUCUCUCGAUGGCGGCCUUGGCGGCCUCGGGGCGCCGAGCCACCUGCCCGGGUUUUAUUUCGGCAACUCAGCCACCACCCACGAGGUCAGGAUGUUUGCGUACAACUUCGCCAAGUGGAGCGAGCACACGGCCCUCACCCCCGCCGACACGUGCCUGAACAAGCUGGGCUCCAUGGAGGAGCGUGUCGGGCUGGUCGUGUGCGACUCCAGUCUCAACCUGAUGAAGACUAAGGUCUACAAGCUGCAGAAUCCCAUCGGCGAGACGACGUGGAGUGCGUACUGCCUGCUGCCCGCGCCCGCGUACCUGGAGCGGGCGCUCUCCUACAUCCAGACCGUCAUGGCCGUGUUCGAUUACUACGACGACGUCAACGUCAAAAACCGGCACGCGGCGGCGUACCAGCUCGUGAUGGACGAGAUGGCGAUGUUCGAGAUCUCGUACGACUCCCAGUUCGGCCUUGACAUCUACGGCGAGUGGCAGCAGCGUUGGAAGGAAUACAUGACCGCACACUUCCUGCGCGUCACCACGCACACGCGCUUCUGGCUGCUGGUCAAGCUCGACCAGCUUUAUGGCAUCUGGCACGCGGCGUUACUUGGGUGUGUCGGCUUUGAAAUGUGUGCCUAUUGCACUGCCGCCGUAUGGCUUAUUACCCAGCACUUCCAAGCUGUUUCCCAGGGUCAAAAGAUCGUUUUUGAUAGCGCUAUAUUUGAUGAUCUGAUCACGGACUUCUGA